AUGGCAGCAGUAUCUCAUCCGAACUCACUCGCUGGCUUGGAGCCAUGGAACAAGGACCAGGACACCGUCUACGCCCUAAAUCGCGGCGACCUAGCCAAGGAGCGUGAGCGGCUCGAGUACAACCACAGAAACAUCUUCCUCCCUCUUUGCGGUGGGCUCUGCCCCCAACAAAUAUUGACACAUCUCAAGAAGCAGCAGAACCCUCGAGUCGCUGAGAUCGCAACUGGCACCGGCAUCUGGCUGAGAGACAUGGCAAAAUUGCUCCCCUCCACCGCCGAGCUACGAGGCAUCGAUAUGGACACCACCAAGUUUCCCCCUCCAACUGACUUACCUCCAAAUAUCUCUCUUCUGCAUCAAAAUGCGUUGAAUCCGUAUCCAGAGGAAAUGUAUGGGUCAUUCGAUAUGGUGCAUAUCCGAUUGAUUGGAUCUGGAAUGCGGAAGGAAGACUGGAAGACUCUGGCAGCGAAUGCGUUCACGCUUUUACGCCCCGGGGGAUACAUCCACUGGGAAGAAGCCGGCGAUACGUCCUGGAAGUGCGUCCCGCCUAGCCACGCUUUUGACGAGUGGUCUAGAAUCAGAAUGUUGUGGUCCAUCAAAGUUGGCCGCAAUCCAUUGUGA